GAGGCAGGAGGAGGGAGAGCUGUCCUCGCGUGUGAGCUGCUGACAGGGAGAACCUGCUCCUUUCACUGAACGUAACGACAGGAGCUGGGGAGAUUCGUAUCAGAGCUGACAUUGAGAUUGCUGACAGCUGGGGGUGGAGGAGAAUAGUGCAGGAAUCCCUCAGCCUGGGAAGGGGGAGUGGACCAGUGGAAGUUGAGCAUCUUUCCUCUUUCUUCCCACGCCGUGUGCCCUCCCCGGCUGCAUCUUGUCUCGGGCGGGGAUGAGGAGUGAGCCGGCCCCGGGGAAGGCAGCAGCUCGGCCGGCGGACGGGGCUGUGUGCCUGGGACACUCUCUGCCGGUCUCGGUGCUGAGGGGUGUCGCCAGGUUCCGGCUGCUGUGUCCCGUGAACCAGCGGGGAGUAGCUGACACUCUGGUGAAAGGAAACGGCGCUAAGGCAGCUCAAAGCGAGAUGUGCAGUGAGUGUUACACUAACCAGUCCUUCGUCUUCGACGAUGGAAUCGCGGAUACAUACGCGUCCAGACUGUCCCCCGUCGGCGACCAGAAUCGCAAUAGCGACGGAGUCAUCCUGGACAUCGCGUCCCUGAAAAUGAACGAGCUGGAGACGGACGUCCCUCCACUGCCUCCAAGGUACCGAUUCCGGGAUUUACUCUUGGGAGACCAGUCCUUCCAGAACGAUGACAGGGUGCAGGUAGAAUUCUACGUGAAUGAGAACACCUUCAAGGAACGACUGAAACUCUUCUUCAUUAAAAACCAAAGAUCAAGUUUAAGAAUACGAAUCUUUAACUUCUCCCUGAAGGUACUCACUUGCCUUCUGUACAUACUGCGGGUUUUGUUGGACGAUCCCACAGAAGGAAUUGGAUGCUGGGGAUGUACAAAGAAGAAUUAUUUAAACACAUCAUCUAGUGACAUAAUCGAUUGGGGUUCCAUAUUCUGGGUCAACAGGACACUGUCGCUGUGGGGAAUUCAGGUUACAGUGGCCUUGAUUAGUUUCUUGGAAACCAUGCUCCUCACAUACCUAAGCUAUAAGGGGAACAUCUGGGAACAGAUUUUCCGAGUAACAUUUAUCCUUGAAAUGAUCAACACUGUUCCUUUCAUCAUCACAAUUUUCUGGCCACCUCUGAGGAAUCUUUUCAUCCCAGUCUUUCUAAACUGCUGGCUGGCCAAGCAUGUGUUGGAGAACAUGAUAAAUGACUUGCACAGAGCCAUUCAGAGGACACAGUCUGCUAUGUUUAACCAAGUCUUAAUAUUGAUUUGUACGCUACUCUGUCUUGUGUUUACUGGGACGUGUGGAAUCCAGCACUUGGAGAGAGCAGGAGGCAACCUCAGCCUUUUCAAAUCCCUCUACUUUUGCAUCGUCACCUUCUCUACUGUUGGAUAUGGCGACGUGACUCCUCGGAUCUGGCUUUCGCAACUCCUUGUUGUCAUAAUGAUUUGUGUUGCUUUAGUCGUAUUGCCUCUCCAGUUUGAAGAACUGGUUUAUCUGUGGAUGGAGAGACAGAAAUCUGGUGGUAAUUACAGCCGACACCGAGCGCAGACUGAGAAACACGUUGUAUUGUGUGUCAGCUCCUUAAAGAUCGACUUGUUGAUGGAUUUCCUCAAUGAAUUCUAUGCUCACCCCAGGCUUCAGGAUUAUUAUGUUGUCAUCCUGUGUCCAACAGAGAUGGAUCUCCAGGUGCGCAGAGUGUUACAGAUUCCGCUCUGGUCACAGCGAGUUAUUUAUCUCCAGGGGUCAGCUUUGAAAGACCAGGAUCUCAUGAGAGCUAAGAUGGAUGAUGCAGAAGCCUGUUUCAUUCUGAGUAGCCGUAACGAAGUGGAUCGUACAGCAGCGGAUCAUCAGACCAUCUUGAGAGCUUGGGCGGUGAAGGAUUUCGCCCCAAAUUGUCCCCUUUAUGUUCAGAUCCUGAAGCCAGAAAACAAGUUUCAUGUCAAGUUUGCAGACCACGUGGUGUGUGAAGAGGAAUUUAAGUAUGCCAUGUUAGCCUUGAAUUGCAUCUGCCCCUCCACCUCCACUCUCAUCACCCUAUUGGUUCAUACCUCCAGGGGGCAGGAAGGACAACAAUCCCCUGAGCAAUGGCAAAGGAUGUACGGUCGAUGCUCAGGGAAUGAGGUUUAUCACAUCAAACUCGGUGACAGCAAGUUCUUUGGAGAAUAUGAAGGCAAAAGUUUCACCUACGCGUCUUUCCACGCUCACAAGAAGUAUGGUGUCUGCCUGAUAGGCGCAAAGAGAGAAGAUAACAAAAGCAUUUUGCUCAAUCCUGGGCCCCGGUAUAUUAUGGUGAGCUCAGAUACCUGCUUCUACAUUAACAUUACAAAGGAAGAAAAUUCAGCAUUCAUCUUCAAAGAGGAAGAGAAGCAAAAAAGGAAGGGUCUAAGUUCCGAAGGCAUCUUUGGUGGUGCUUCCAGGCUACCUGUCCACAGCAUCAUUGCAAGCAUGGUUAACCAGUCCACAGCCUACGGCACUGUUGCUAUGGAUCUACAGAACACAGACUGCCGCUCAUCUAGUGGCACCACAUUGACCUUGCCUUCAGAAAAUGGAGCAGGAAGUAGGAGGCCCAGCAUUGGACCUGUCUUGGAGAUUGCUGACUCUGCUGUCAUCUUACCAUGUGACCUCCUAAGUGAUCAAUCAGAGGACGAGGCCAAUCCAUCUGAUGAUGACAGCCUACCUGCCCCUGAGUAUGUGAAAGGAUACCCUCCCAAUUCUCCCUACAUUGGAAGUUCUCCAACUCUCUGCCACCUUUUACCUGUGAAGGCUCCAUUCUGCUGUCUCCGAUUAGACAAGGGCUGUAGACACAACAGCUUCGAAGAUGCAAAGGCUUACGGCUUCAAGAAUAAACUGAUCAUUGUGUCUGUGGAGACAGCGGGCAACGGACUGUACAAUUUUAUUGUCCCCCUUCGAGCCUAUUACAGGCCCCGGAGAGAGCUGAACCCCAUUGUGCUGCUGCUUGAUAACCCACCAGAGAAUCACUUUUUGGAAGCUAUCUGCUGUUUCCCAAUGGUUUAUUUCAUGGUGGGAUGUAUUGAUAACCUGGAUAAUCUACUGCAGUGUGGGAUUAUUUAUGCUGAUAACCUGGUGGUUGUGGACAAAGAGAGUACGAUGAGCGCUGAGGAAGACUAUAUGGCUGAUGCCAAGACUAUUGUUAACGUUCAAACAAUGUUCAGGUUGUUCCCCAGUCUCAGUAUCAUCACUGAAUUGACUCACCCAUCAAAUAUGAGGUUCAUGCAGUUCCGAGCCAAGGACUGUUAUUCACUUGCACUCUCCAAAUUAGAAAAGAAGGAGCGUGAGAAAGGCUCAAAUUUGGCAUUCAUGUUCCGACUUCCCUUUGCUGCUGGAAGAGUGUUCAGUAUCAGCAUGUUAGACACACUGUUGUACCAGUCCUUUGUUAAAGAUUACAUGAUCCCAAUCGCCCGGUUAUUACUGGGACUUGACACUACGCCAGGCUCUGGUUACCUUUGUGCUAUGAAGAUCACAGAGGAUGACUUGUGGAUCCGAACAUACGGCCGACUCUUUCAAAAGCUAUGUUCUUCCAGUGCAGAAAUUCCAAUCGGGAUUUACAGAACAGAGUCACACAUGUUUUCCACAUCUGAGUCUCAGAUCUCAAUCAACGUUGAGGAUGGGGAAGACGUGAAAGAUGUGAAAGACCCUUGGGCUGGCAAGUGUCAUCGGAACUCCACUUCAAGCGACCAAUCAGAGCACCCAUUGCUGAGGCGCAAAAGCAGGCAGUGGGCACGCAGACUGAGUAGGAAAGGGAACAGGCAGACCAGUAAAACAGAUGAAAAGAUCAACCAACAGAGACAGGACCUAUAUCAUCGAUCAGAAAGGCAAGAGCUGUCAGAACUGGUGAAAAACAGAAUGAAGCACUUGGGUUUGCCCACAAUAGGAUACGAGGAUGUAGCAAAUUUAACGGCCAGUGAUGUGAUGAAUCGUGUAAACCUUGGAUAUUUGCAAGAUGAAAUGAAUGACCAUCAGAACACAUUAUCCUACAUUCUGAUUAACCCUCCUCCUGACACACGCCUGGAGCUCAAUGAUAUUGUGUACCUGAUACGCUCAGACCCAUUGGCCAAUGUUCAAAAUGGCUCCCAUAGUCAGAAAAGCAGCUCAUAUCGGCUGUUCCCUUCUAAUGAAGAGGCAAGGAGUGAAACACAGCUAUGAACACUGGUCCUACAAGAAUGAAGACCCACAUUUUGUACCUGCAAAUAGGCCAUUCUCUCCAAGCACUGGGGCUCGUGGCUCCAUCUAUUUAAAAAGGAAGCUGCUCUGAUCACUUGAAGAGACAAGUUUACAGAUUGAAAGGCAUACUCAUUGGUGAUGUUAUUCUGAUCAGACCUUGAAAAAUAACAAUGACUCAACCAGGAGCAGCAUGCAGAGGAGGAGGUCAGAAACAGACAAUGGUCUUAUUUUAUAUGUUUUUAUAUCAUGUAGAAUGCAAUGUGUGCAGUUUACCAUGUAAGGCACAGUAUAUUUAUUGACACACAGCACACUGGAGACGAGUGAUACAAUUUUAGUUGUGGUUGAACAAUUGUCUUUGGUGCUUUCUACUGAAUAGUAUCCGUGGCAUUUAGUGCAUGUAUGAACAAAGCAUCAGGCCUUCCACUAUUCACAUGCCGAAGUUGCUCUAUCAACCUCUUUCACAAAGAAAUUUUUGGUGCCAAAGGGACAAGAAACUUAAUAAGGUCAUUGUGUUAAGUGUACAAACGCAUUUCAAAACAAAAUGCAGGAGGAAUUGCCAUCUCAGAUGCAUUUUGUGCGGUCGGAUGCUUUUCUAACCCAAGUCUCCAGUGUUAACCUGUUGCCUUCAAUCCAACUGAACCGAGAGCAAGGUUCCAGUCAUCAACGUGAAAGGAUGAAGCACAGAUGAAGAUCUGAGCUGGAAAAGGCAGAUGACAUGUGGGAGCAAGCAAACUGUUGCAGAUGUUAUCACCUGUUAUAUUUGCAAAUACAAUUUGCUCUCAGUGUAAUAGGGGAGAGGUGGGCUGUCUCAUUUAUAUUGCAGACUGUUAAGUCAUUUAUCAAUAUUUCUGAACUUUUUUAAUCCAUUCUGCAAGUAAACGUCAUGCACCACAGAUACAUGCUGCAAUCAUUCUACCAUGAGUGUGUGGCUGUUCAUGAUUUUGACAAGCGCAUUGUUUUUUUUUGUCUCCCAACGUAAAGGGAAAGCAGCCGGGCACUGGAAGCAUGAUAUCAAAAAGGGAAAAUAUGGAAACGUAGGGCAAAUGCUAAAACUUCUCAAACAGUUCUUGCGUGAGUCCAUUCACUACAGGGCCCAGAUCUUUCCCAUCUGCCUUGAUCUUUUGUGUUGAUAUUCUGGAGAAAUGCUAGAUUUAGUGACUGAAUGUACAGGAAUUGAAUCCAGAAAUAGUCUGAACUUGUUAGAUGCAUUUUUCUUUUCCAGUGAACAAACAAAUGGAAAACAAAAGCACAACCAUUGGAGUAUAUAUGAUAGACCAGGUCCUGAAAACAAACAGAAUCUCUCACACUGAACUCACAAACUGUAUCAUUUACUACUUUUGCCACAAUGGCUAUGUUCUACAGUGUACAAUGCCUAACACCAUUUAGAUGCUAUAACGUGUGUUAGCCUUGUCUCCACUCAGCAACCCCCCAAGCAAGACUCUCUAAGCCACUGAACAUAAAGAGGGGCACAUACAUGCUUAUGUAAUUUGUACCAUUUGUACAUAAGCUUUAGAAGACAUUGGGAGUGCCUUGUGCCUACAGUCACCACUCACUUAGCCUCAGUGUGAAAGAUGUGUUACUGAGAGCAGCUUUCACGUUGUGCACACAUUUGAAGCUGGUUAUCAUUGUUGCAAAGUAAGUACAGAAACUUCAUAACAAUUUCACAGACCACACCAGCGAGGGGGCGAGCUGAAUGGCAACUAUACAUUGACUCAUGCGAGGUGCAUUUGCUUUUGCUCGAGUUAGUAAAAUGGACGCAGACCCCUUGAAACUACCGAACUUUGGCUUUUUUGGGAAACACCAGGGACAGGCCUUGGUUGAACAUGGGAUUGAACUGAAGCACUGCCAAAUUCAAAUGAGCAUUGUGUACUUCAAUAAUGAUAAAUGUUAGUGUAAUAUGCAAAUCCAGAAGGCAAGUUUUCAAUGAAAGAAGCUGUAUACAUUGAUUGGCCAUAAAUGACACCAAUGAUUUUUGUUUUCGAUGGGAAGCCAUUAACCAUGCUCCAAGAGCUCUGUCAGACACAUUGGCUCAGCUGUAGUGCAGGGAGCUUCAGUUGGCCAAUCCUUCCACAAGGUCACCCUCUCCUCUGAGCAAGUACCCUGUAAUGGGACAGAUGUAACCACGAGAAACAAAUGCAUGCGUCACCUUGAGCAUGCUGCUGAGUUGGGCUGGGUCAGGAUCAUGCAACCCAAUCCCUUCUCAGUACAAAAAAGCAGCCAGGGGAUUUAAUACGCAGUUUUUGUUUUGUGAAGAUAAAUGUUGUGGCUUGCCACUCACUAAGACAGAGCUUCCAUAUCCUGUUAAAUCAGUUGUUCAUGUGUUUUUGAUAAUUUAUGUUCAUGAAAAUAUCUGCAAAAAAAAAAUGAAAUCUGUUGCCUCAUGCACAGCUCAGUAUUUAUGACAAUGAAAAACCAUUGGUAAAAGAACCAGAGGCAGUCAGCUGUUAGGGGUUAGAACGCACGGUCUGAUAGACAUGGAUUCAAUAGGAACUUUUGACAGGAAACUGGACAAAUACUUGGAUGAAAAGAAGUUGCAGGGAUUCUGGUGAAAGACAGGGUAGUGGGAUUAAUUGGAUUACUCUUCGAAAGAGCUGGCAUAGACUCGAUGGACUGAAUGUCCUCCUCCUGUGCCGUACAAUUUUAUGAACCUAUGAAGAUUCUGUGGACCUUUUUUCUUGUAUCUUGUUUUCUGAACUAUACAGUAUUGCUUUGAAGCAAAGAUGUCAUGAUUUUAUACAGUUCUUAAAUAAAGUGUCUAUGUUUUGUGUGAAUGUUAAAAAAUGAAUUAAAAGAAACAGCUGCAUGCAGCCAUGGAUUGAC